CCUGCCGCCCGCCCAGCCGCCAGCCGGGGCGCCGGGCUCGCCCCUCGCCGAGCGAUGUCCAGGAGGAAACAGAGCAACCCCCGGCAGAUCAAACGUUCCCUGGCAGCGAUGGAGGAAGGUGAGGAUGCCCCAAUGGGGGAGAGGAGCCCCUCCGAGAGGGAUGGGGGGGGCUCGGACAACGAGGGCUCUGCUGAACACGACCCCUCCAGCCCCCCUGGCAGUGAAGAGUCCAGAGAAGCCCCGGAGAGUCCAAAGGAGCUGGAGAAGCCGGAUCCUGGAGAAAACACACAGGAAACAGAACUGUGGAACGGGCCAGAGGAGCUGGAUCUGACCGGGCAGGACGGGGAGAGGAGGGUACGGACCCGCAGGAGCCUCCCCGAGGGCUUCUCCUGGGGACCCUUCCAGGGCAGCAUCCACAGCCAGCCAGCAUCCCCGGGGCACAGCGAGAUGGGCCCCCCCGUGACGCUGGUGCUGGGGGAUGAGAGCUGCUGGCUGUCCCGGCUGCCACUCGUGCCCACCGAGCCCGAUGCCAAUGCUGUCAUCUACAGGAAGGACCAAGCCCUGUGGUGCCGAACGACGCGUGCGCUGCAAGAGGACGAGGCCGUCUGUGCCUUCGUGGUGGCAGAGCCCCCCCCAGCUGUCCCCAACCACCACGGGGUGAAAGCAGAGCCUGAGGACUUGCCCUACCCGGCUGCCCUGCACUCUGACAUCCAGCUGCUCCCCCAGCAAGCCGGCAUGGCUGCCAUCCUGGCCACCGCCGUGGUCAACAAGGACGUCUUCCCCUGCAAGGACUGUGGGAUCUGGUACCGGAGCGAGCGGAACCUGCAAGCCCACCUGAUGUACUACUGUGCCAGCCGGCAGAGCGCCGGCUCGCCCGCCCUGGAGGAGAAGCCCAAGGAGAACUACCCCAACGAGCGUGUCUGUCCCUUCCCUCAGUGCCAGAAGAGCUGUCCCAGUGCCAGCUCCCUGGAGAUCCACAUGCGGAGCCACAGUGGAGAGCGGCCGUUUGUCUGCCUGAUCUGCCUGUCUGCCUUCACCACCAAAGCCAACUGUGAGCGUCACCUCAAAGUACACACUGACACCUUGAACGGCGUCUGCCACAGCUGUGGCUUCAUCUCCACCACGAGGGACAUCCUCUACAGCCACCUGGUCACCAACCAUAUGAUCUGCCAGCCGGGCUCCAAGGGAGAAGUCUACUCACCGGGGCCAGCCCUGCCCACCUCCAAACCCCUCACCACCGGGCUGAGCCAGACGAACAACGUGUCCCUGCGGAAGUGCAGCGUGCCGGCCUUCCUGCCCGAGGGGCUGCCAGCAUUGCCGCAGCACCCCGGGCUGCACGGACCCCCGCCCGCCCCACUGCCCGGCCCUGACCCCACCGUCCCCCCACCACCGCCCACAUCGCCCCCCGACGCCAAGGCCUCGCCUCCCUCCCAGCCGCAGAACGGAGAAGGUCCAGCAUCGGCAUCAUCGGCGUCAUCUUCUUCAUCCUCCUCCUCCUCUUCCUCCGGGGACACAGUCCGCAUCAAGGAGGAGCCCGUCGGCAGCCCGGCCAGCGAGGCAGAGGCACCGAAAAGCGGCAGCCGCGGAGCCAGCAGCCCCGACGCCUGCUCCAGGACCUCAUCCCCCCGCAGCCUCCCCUCGGCAAAGGUCAAAUCGGAGCUCGCCAGCCCCACGCCAGGCUCCAGCCCGGUGCCCAGCGAGCCGGGGACGGGCACGGCGGGCGGCACCGUCUUCCUACCCCAGUACGUCUUUGGCCACGAAGCCGCGGUGGUGCCACAGGCGUCGGAGAUCCUAGCGAAGAUGUCGGAGCUGGUGCACAGCCGGCUGAAGCAGGGCCACGGCGGCGCGGUGCCGCCAGCCGUCUACGCCGGCGCCCCGGUGCCCAAGGGUGCCACCUGCUUUGAGUGCGAGAUCACCUUCAACAACAUCAACAACUACUACGUGCACAAACGCCUCUACUGCUCCAGCCGGCACCUGGCCGAGGACAGCCCCCCCGGGGCACGCAAGCUCAAAGCCCCCCCUGGAGCACCUAAGGGUCCCUCCACAGCCCCGGGGAUGCUGCUGUCCCCCUCGGCAGGUGACAGCCAGGGGACACCGGCGGGGGACGGAGACGCCGUCCAAGAUGCCACACCGCCGGCAGCCCCGCCGGAGGUGAAGGUGGAGGAGGUGGGGGGUAAAGCGGGGUCCCCCGAGGCGGAAGGGGGGUCGGGGCGGUGCAGUGAGGACAGCCAAAGCCCCGGCAGCUCGGCAGGGGACGAGGGGGACGAAGACCCCAGCAAGACGCUGUGCGAGGCCUGCAACAUCCGCUUCAGCCGCCACGAGACCUACGUGGUGCACAAGCGUUUCUACUGCGCCUCCCGCCACGACCCCCCCCUCCGCCGGACCCCCGGCCCCAAAAUCCCCUUCCUGCCCCAACCCCUCCGUACCCGCAAACGCCGCAAGCUCUACGAGAUCCACGGGGCCUCUCACCGCCCCGCAGAACCUCCCCCGGCUCCUGAACCUCCUCCAGCUCCCGAUCCUCCUCCUCCUCCUCUCCCUCCUCCUCCUCGGGGGGCUGCCCCCUCACCCCGCUCCAGCCCCGACGCCGAGGGUCCCAUUGAUCUGAGCAAGAAGCGUCGGCGGCAGAACGACCCCGCGCCCGCCCCGCUCCUGCCCUUGGCCGAUUACCACGAGUGCACCGCUUGCCGCCUCAGCUUCAACAGCCUUGACACCUACCUGGCCCACAAGAAGUACCAGUGCCCCGCCACCCCGCUGCAGCCCCGCACCCUCGAGCACCUCCAGAAGAUGAAGGGGGCCAUGGCUGCCCCCCUCAAGGGUGGGCGCAGCCCCGGUAGCCCCGGCGACGGAGACCCCGAAGGCGUGAGGGUGAGGGCAGCUCCGGCGGGGAGCCCCGGCGUCCCCUAUCCCCCCGCAUCCGGAGUGGACUCGCUGCAGCGUCACCCCAAGUGUCCCCCGCCACCCCCAGGGGGGGGGAAGGGCCCCCUCUCCGCUUGUCCCUACUGUCCCCUCAACGGGGCCGUCAAGGGCGACCUCCUCGAGCACUUCCGUAACGCCCACGGGCUCUUCGUGGCCAAACCUCCAGCGUCCGGGCAGGGGCUCCCCGACCCCCCGGUGCCCGGCGCGGGCAGGACACCCCCCGACCCCCCUCUGCCAGCGGGGUCACCCCCCCGGCCCCCCGCCCCCCGCCUCCGCCGGGACAGCUUCAACACCAAGGAGGGGCGGGAUGGAGGCGGCAGCCCCAGAGCCCCCUCCUCGCCCGGAGCCCCCCCAGAGGGGUUGCGGGAAGCCGUCCGCAAGCCCCCCACCCCCCCCACCUACACGGACAGGGGGGUGCAGACCCCCCCGGCCAAGGCUGUGCCCGGCCCCGUGCCCAACGGCAACCACAGGUACUGUCGCCUCUGCAACAUCAAGUUCAGCAGCCUCUCCACCUUCAUCGCCCACAAGAAGUAUUACUGCUCCUCCCACGCCGCCGAGCACGUCAAAUAAUACCUGACACCCCCCCUCUAAGCCCCCCCCCAGGGCCCCCCACCACUGUCUGGGGGCUGGGGGUCCAGGAACUGAUGGCUGGAAUAACCCCACACACACACACAGCCCUCCUCUCAGGGGUUGGGGUGAUGCUGGCUCCUCCAGGGUGGCUUCACCAUCAGGAGGCCCCCAAACUUCACCCUGGGUGGAGGGUCCUGCAUGUUCACAAGACCCUUGGGGGGGGGGGAAUGUGGUGCUGGGGGAGGGAGGGGGGGCCGGGCCCCCCCCGGCCCCUGGUGUGUGCAGAGCCCCUACCUCUGCCACAGCCAGGGCUGAUGCUGCAGGGAAACUGAGGCAGGAUGAAGGCGCAUGGUCCUGCCUCAGCUGGGGGGCUGCAGGAGAUGGGGGGUUGGCUCUCUGCCCCCCCCCAGGUUGACACUACAGGGAUGAGGAGGGGGCUUGGCCAUGGGGAGCCUGUGGGUGCCCCCCCCCCAGGACCCUGCAGGGCAAUGGCACUGAAGGAUGAAGCAGCCCUGGGAGCCGUAUGUAUAAGUGUGUACAGAAAUAAAUAUGUCU